UCCUGAAUUCAUGGCAGCACAGAUAGUGCUUUCUUCACUUGUCGUUUGCGGAUUUUCGUAUGAUUUUUUGUCGAAUUUUCAGUUGGAGAGAGAAUUUUGGAAAAUUUUUCGGUUAGACAUGCGUGUGUAUAUAUAUGGAUCGAUAUAGAUGUGUGCGUGGUGGUGGCGCAGUUGAAACUGCGAGCUGCGGCGGACAUGUUCGGAUUGGGAAGAGUGCGGUGGAGUGAGCGCAUGGAGAAUUUGGAGGGAAAUUAGAGAGAAAGGAAUAGGUUAUUUAUUUUGUGAGGGGGAAUGGCUUCGAUUUCUCGUUGGUUUGACGCGAAAUUGCGGUUAUUGGAUGUGAUUUUGAUGAUUGCGGUGAUGCUUUGUGGCGAACACUGUGUACGGACAGUACGUGGUUAUGAUCCGUUGGAUCCUAAUGGGAAGAUCACCAUUCGAUGGGAUGUCCUGCAGCGAAGUGGGGAUGGCACACAAGAUGUACGAUUAUCGAUCAUAAACUACCAGCUGUUUCGGCACAUUGAGAUGCCCGGAUGGAAGCUAAGUUGGGUGUGGCCCAGGGAUGAAGUGAUAUGGAAUAUAUUGGGUGCUGAAGCGACCGAACAGGGAAACUGUUCGGCGUUCUCUGGAGGAGUGUUGCCGCAUUGCUGUGAAAGGAAGCCUGUAAUAAUCGAUCUUUUGCCCGGGACUUCGUACAACAAACAGGUGGCAAAUUGCUGCAAAGGCGGAGUUCUUUCAUCGAUGACACAAGGCCCUUCGAAAUAUAUUGCAGCUUUUCAGAUGCACAUUGGUUCGGAAAGUUUAUACAAUCCUCUGCCUUCAAUGCCGAAGAAUUUCAGCCUCGGAAUCCCAGGCUAUACAUGUGGAGAUCCUUUACAAGUCCCACCUACGAAAUCCUCGGAAGACAAUGGUCGGAGAACCACACAGGCCCUUGCGACGUGGAAUGUGACUUGCACCUAUUCUCAGUUCUUGGCUUUGCCGGCGCCAACAUGUUGUGUUUCACUGUCUGCGUUUUACAGCGAGACUAUCAUUCCAUGUCCAAAAUGUACCUGCUCUUGCCAGGGGCAACCCAGGGCCAAAUGUGUGAGGGCCGGGAAGCUUCCUUCAGUACUGAGAUUAAAGCCAGGGGAACGACCGAAGCCUAUCGUGCAAUGCUCGGAUCACAUGUGCCCGAUUAAGGUACACUGGCAUGUUAAGCAGAACUACAGACUAUAUUGGAGAGUUAAAAUCACAGUGAUGAAUCUGAAUUAUGUCAAGAACUACACGGAGUGGAACUUGGUUGUUUUACACCCCAAUCUCAGAAAUGUCACGCAGGUCUUUAGUUUCAACUACAAGCCUCUAAGCGUAUACGGCGACAUAAAUGACACAGGAAUGUUUUACGGUAUACAGUACUACAACGACAUGCUUCUGCAGUCGGGGGAGGAUGGCAAUGUCCAGACGGAAAUGCUGCUGAGCAAGGUCCCCGGGAAAUUCACGCUUAGGGAAGGAUGGGCGUUCCCGAGAAAGAUAUCGUUCAACGGCGAGGAAUGUGUGAUGCCGUCGCUGGACGAUUACCCGAGGCUUCCGAAUACAGGCAACAUUCAUGCUCAGGUAGCUCCAUUGCUGAUUCUUUCUCUGUUGUUACUAAUAGAAAUUGUUUUUAGUUCUUAGUUUAUGCAAUUGAUUCAGGAAAGGGCCUUAAAUUGUAGAAAUCAUUGCUUUAAUGUUAUAAAAGAUCCAAUGCUUUUCUACUUUGAAGCUAAAGGGCCUUUUUCUGGGUAGAUUAGUUUGUUCUGUUCUGAUUCUCUAAAUCUUAAAGGAAGGUUUUGUUAACAACCCGAUCCGAACAAAAUUUAAGUAUCCGUGUUCAUUCAUUAACGUUUGCGAGCUGAGUCGAACAAAAUUUAAGUAUUCGUGUUCAUUCAUUAAUGUUUGCAAA